UUUCUAGAUUGCAUCCACUCCAGAUGGCAAAGUAUCUAAUUGACACUCAUGCGAGAGUAUUUGGCUAUAGAGGGAACUCGGAGUGGGCUAUAGAUGGUCAUAGAAAUGCCACAAUGGAAGGGAAUAUAUUCUAUAAGGGUCGAUACAUUAUAUUUACCCCAUUUGAUGAAUUCUCUCUCAUAAUAACUAAAGAACAAUUCACCCAUGAUGGAAAU